AUGACGCGGAAAAUGUGGGGCUUAAUUCCUGUGUUGGACUGCUCUCAGCUGCUGAGACUCUGCCCUUCGCAGUGCAAACCCUCCGUCCGCCCCAUCACGACCCCCGAGCCCCGGGUUGACUCUCCUCAUCACACCAUGUCGGACGAAGCUUUUGUGACGCUGGCCACAAACGACAGCUACGCCAAAGGAGCGAUGGUUCUCGGCCAGUCACUACGAAACCACAACACAACCAGGAAGCUGGUCGCUCUCGUAGGACCUCAUGUUGCAGAUCCUUGCAGAGAUGCACUACGCUCCAUUUUUGAUGAGGUGUGUGUGGUGGAUGUUAUGGACUCGGGUGACGCAGCUCAUUUAGCCCUGAUGAAACGUCCAGACCUGGGAGUAACGUUCACUAAACUGCACUGCUGGACUCUCACACGCUACAGCAAGUGUGUGUUCCUGGACGCAGACACACUGGUGCUCUCAAAUAUAGAUGAACUCUUUGAGAGAGAGGAACUAUCUGCAGCGCCGGAUCCUGGUUGGCCGGACUGUUUUAACUCAGGGGUUUUUGUCUUCAGACCGUCCAACGAGACGCACGAGAAGCUGCUCACAUUCUGCAGCGAAAACGGCAGCUUUGACGGUGGAGAUCAGGGGGUUCUCAACAGUUUCUUUAACACCUGGGCAACGGCAGAUAUUUCCAAACACCUUCCCUUCAUCUACAACCUCAGCAGUAUCGCCAUCUACUCCUACCUGCCAGCUUUCAAACAGUACGGCCACGACGCCAAGGUGGUGCACUUCCUAGGAAAGGUGAAGCCGUGGAGCUACUCUUACGACGCUCAGAGGGGCGAGGUCAAAGGUCAAUCUCUGUCCCCUGACCAGUGCCAUCUGCACCCCGACUACCUGCUCAUGUGGUGGCAGGUGUACGCCAAAUCUGUGCUGCCGUUACUACAGCAGGCCUACGGGGAGACUCCCUUCAGCAGCGGCUUUGUGGAGGCAAGCGAGGAGGGUAAGCUGCACCAGGAUGUGAGGGAGCAAUCGGUGCCCAUCGCUCCUCCUCCACAGAAGGUUUCCUCAGAGGAGAGGAAGCAGCGUUGGGAAGCAGGCCAGAUUGACUACAUGGGUGAAGACUCAUUCGCCAACAUUGAGCGAAAGCUUGACUCGUUUUUAAAGUAGCGGGCAAGUGAGGGAGCGUGACGGACAGAGAGAGCACCAGUUGAAGCUCUGUGUGGGCGGGGAUUGUAAGCACUGCUCAGCCAAUCACAGGGGCUUGAUUAGAAGGCGGCUGGAUGAACGCCUCUGUGCAACGUUCAGCCUCACUCUCCGCGUCCUGUCAGUGUGUGUGUGUGAAUGACAGGGAGUAGAAGUUUGACACAAUUCCUCGCACUCUUAUCAUUGAUGACAUUUUGGGAAAUACACUCAUUUACUUUCUUACAAAGCGUUAGAUGAGAAGAUUGAUACUGCUCACAUACCAUACAUCUGGCUAACUUAGCUUAGCAUAAAGACUGGGCUGCCUUAUACCAGGCAUACACGCAAAUGCUGAAGGCCUUACUGCCGUAGAAAAUGUAAACACACACCUUUUAACUAAAUGAUAGGAAAGAUAAACCGGGGUUUAGGAAUACAUAUAAAGAGGUUUAUUCAGUCAAAGAAUUCAGAGGGGAAAUUUGCAUAAUUUUCCCAAAAAGUGGAUAUGUCAAUAUUGGUAUCGGUUGUAGGCCAAAUGAGUUGUUUUAUGUGGGCACAUCAGCAAAAAAACCCAAUAUUGUGCAUCCCUAAUUAUUAUUAUUUUA